AUGGAGUCUCAAAGGCGUCAAGAGUAUCAACACUUUAUACCACGAUUCAUCCUGAGAAACUUCGCUCACCAACCCGAGACACCUACACAGUCGAGACGACGAGGCAAAAAGAAAAAUCUCAAAAAACCCGAGUUGCUCCAUACGUUACGCUUAAGCCCAUCACUGGAACUUGUUGAAACAUCAGCGAAUCGAGAGUUUGGGCACUUCAAUCUCUAUGACCAGGAAUGCGAAUGCUUUGAGCCAAGGGAAAUUGAGUCGGCACUUUCCUGCCUGGAGGGCAAAGCUGCCAAGAUCAUCGCCAAGUUCGUCAAAGGGCAACAGAAAAAGCAUGCGAGCGUUAUGCUUCGACGAGAUGAGCUUGACACCUUGCGUAAGUUCCUCUUCAUCAUGAAGUACCGUGGAUCGAUUCAACGCAGACGGUUCUACGGCGAAGACGAAAACAACGCCAAAACCUAUACCUCCAACGACGGAGAAGCUAUGGCGGAAUACAUGCAGCGGAAAGGUUAUACAAAACCUAUUCAGGUGUGGUACAACAACAUCAAAACCAUCCUGAACAUGGAAAUGGAUAUGGACUACAAAUGGGUCAAAGAACUUGAAAAGUCAAUGUACCCGCCGGAUGCACAGUGGGCUGUUGCCAACAUACAGUGCAUGUACCUCGCUUUCUGUACACCGCAACACAGCGACGACGAGUUCGUACUAACGAGGAAUGCGUACGAAAUCCAUGAAGGGCCGGUUAGCUUCUCCGUCGACCCUACGACUGGAGAAAAUAAGAUGACAGCCUACACAGAGUAUCACAACUUCGCCCCGGUGUCCCCAAAACUGAUGAUCGUUCUUCGAAGCACCUUUUUACCUAAUGAGGAAGAGGACGCUGUGCCCGGCCUCCGGGAAAGAAGAGAGCUAUUCCGAGAUAUAAUACACAGGAAUUCCCACAAUGACUACGACAUGACGAACUCAUUCCUCGAACAUCUUCCAGUCACUAAAGCAGAAAACUCGUAUACCGAAAUCGUUGACGGAAUGCCCGCUCUCAAGGAAGGAGAGGACCGGGAUCCAGGAUGCCGUCGGGCGCACGACCGAUUCCAUUUCCGCUUCUUCCGCCUGUCUUCCGACUACACCCAAAAGAUCAACUCUAUCCUUCUGAAUGAGGCAUAUAAUACAUCAGAGCUCGUGUAUGGCUCUGAGAAAGGCGCUCAGAGAGCCUUGAGGCACUACUUGACCGACCCAUGCAAAGAAGAGGGCGCCUAUCCGCUAAAGAUCAUUCCGUCUCCAGAUGAUCCGAGGAAACUUUUCCUCGAAAAGCUCGAGCAGGCAGCACAGCUACUAGGAUUUCAGGCCAAGGCAAAGUUCGACAUUGGUUUUUCUGAGUGGAUUGAUGCAGUCUGUCCAGAUAUAUUACCUCAUAUCCGUACUCCUGCGUUCGAUCAGAUGGUGUUCGAAUCGAUGCAA